CGGGCGGGGCGGGGCGACCCGGCCCCGGGCAUGGAGCGUGGGGGUGCAGAGCCUCGGGACGUUUGGGGCGCGCUUCGUCCGAGCUCGCGGCGCGCCUGAAGUUGCAGGCGGCCAGCGGCCAGCGGCGGGCCCAAGGGGACGCUGGAGCGGCCGGCGUGCAGCGGGUGAGCCUUCGCGCGGGCGGCGAGACGCGGCGGUGGCCAGCAGCGGAGCAGGCGGCCCGUGGGGGCCGACCCGGAGGAGAGCAGAGCCGGAGGCACGACGCGGCGCUUCCCCGCACACGGAGCCAUGAGGUGCCACGCUGCCACCAGCUGCCUCGUGGCCUGGCUGUUGGUGCUGAUCUCUGGAUGCUGGGGCCAGGUGAACCGACUGCCCUUCUUCACCAACCACUUCUUUGACACAUACCUGCUGAUCAGCGAGGACACACCUGUGGGUUCUUCUGUGACCCAGUUGCUGGCCCGAGACAUGGACAAUGACCCUCUGGUGUUCGGCGUGUCUGGGGAAGAGGCCUCUCGAUUCUUUGCCGUAGAGCCUGACACAGGUGUGGUGUGGCUACGGCAGCCGCUGGACAGAGAGACCAAGUCUGAGUUCACAGUGGAGUUCUCCGUCAGCGACCACCAGGGGGUGAUCACACGGAAGGUGAACAUACAGGUUGGGGACGUGAACGACAACGCACCCACAUUUCACAACCAGCCCUACAGCGUCCGCAUCCCUGAGAACACGCCGGUGGGGACACCCAUCUUCAUCGUGAACGCCACGGACCCCGACCUGGGUGCGGGGGGCAGCGUGCUCUACUCCUUCCAGCCUUCCUCCCCAUUCUUUGCCAUCGACAGCGCCCGUGGCAUUGUCACAGUGGUCCGGGAGCUGGACUACGAGACCACGCAGGCCUACCAGCUCACCGUCAAUGCCACGGAUCAAGACAAGACCCGGCCUCUGUCCACCCUGGCCAACUUAGCCAUCAUCAUCACAGAUGUCCAGGACAUGGACCCCAUCUUCAUCAACCUGCCUUACAGCACUAACAUCUAUGAGCAUUCUCCUCCGGGCACAACGGUGCGCGUUAUCACCGCUGUCGACCAGGAUAAAGGACGUCCCCGGGGGAUCGGCUACACCAUCGUCUCAGGGAACACCAACAGUAUCUUCGCCCUGGACUAUAUCAGCGGAGCGCUGACCUUGAACGGCCUACUGGAUCGGGAGAACCCCCUGUACAGCCACGGCUUCAUCCUGACCGUGAAGGGCACAGAGCUGAACGAUGACCGCACCCCAUCCGAGGCCACAGUCACCACAACCUUCAACAUCCUCGUUAUUGACAUCAAUGACAAUGCCCCGGAGUUCAACAGCUCUGAAUACAGCGUGGCCAUCACCGAGCUCGCACAGGUGGGCUUCGCCCUACCCCUCUUCAUCCAGGUGGUGGACAAAGACGAGAACUUGGGCCUAAACAGCAUGUUCGAGGUGUACCUGGUGGGGAACAAUUCCCAGCACUUCAUCAUCUCCCCCACCUCUGUCCAAGGGAAGGCAGACAUUCGCAUCCGGGUGGCCGUCCCCCUGGACUAUGAGACUGUGGACCGCUACGACUUUGACCUCUUUGCCAACGAGAGUGUGCCCGACCACGUGGGCUAUGCCAAGGUGAAGAUCACCCUCAUCAACGAGAAUGACAACCGGCCCAUCUUCAGCCAGCCACUGUACAACGUCAGCUUGUACGAGAACGUCACCGUGGGGACCUCUGUGCUGACAGUCCUGGCAACAGACAAUGACGUGGGCACCUUCGGGGAAGUCAACUACUUCUUCAGCGAUGACCCUGACCGGUUCUCUCUGGACAAGGACACAGGACUCAUCAUGCUCAUUGCCAAACUGGACUAUGAGCUCAUCCAGCGCUUCACCUUGACCGUCAUUGCCCGGGAUGGGGGUGGUGAGGAGACCACAGGCCGGGUCAGGAUCAACGUGUUGGAUGUCAAUGACAACGUGCCCACCUUCCAGAAGGAUGCCUAUGUGGGGGCCCUGAGGGAGAAUGAGCCUUCUGUUACCCAGCUGGUGCGGCUCCGGGCAACGGAUGAAGACUCCCCUCCCAACAACCAGAUCACCUACAGCAUCGUCAGCGCUUCCGCCUUUGGCAGCUACUUCGACAUCAGCGUGUAUGAGGGCUACGGAGUGAUCAGCGUGAGCCGUCCCCUGGAUUAUGAGCAGAUACCCAACGGGCUGAUUUACCUGACGGUCAUGGCCAAGGACGCUGGCAACCCCCCUCUGAACAGCACUGUUCCCGUCACCAUCGAGGUGUUUGAUGAGAACGACAACCCGCCCACCUUCAGCAAGCCUGCCUACUUCGUCUCCGUGGUGGAGAACAUCAUGGCAGGAGCCACAGUGCUGUUCCUGAAUGCCACAGACCUGGACCGCUCCCGGGAGUAUGGUCAGGAGUCCAUCAUCUACUCCUUGGAGGGCUCCUCCCAGUUUCGGAUCAACGCCCGCUCAGGCGAAAUCACCACCACCUCCCUGCUUGACCGUGAGACCAAGUCUGAAUACAUCCUCAUCGUGAGAGCCGUGGACGGGGGUGUGGGCCACAACCAGAAAACCGGCAUUGCCACUGUGAACAUCACCCUCCUGGACAUCAACGACAACCACCCCACCUGGAAGGAUGCCCCCUACUACAUCAACCUAGUGGAGAUGACCCCUCCAGACUCCGACGUGACCACAGUGGUGGCCGUGGACCCGGACCUGGGGGAGAACGGCACCCUGGUGUACAGUAUCCAGCCACCCAACAAGUUCUACAGCCUCAACAGCCGCACAGGCAAGAUCCGCACCACCCACGUCAUGCUGGAUCGGGAGAACCCCGACCCCCACGAGGCGGAGCUGAUGCGCAAGAUUAUCAUCUCCGUCACUGACUGUGGCAGCCCCCCUCUGAGAGCCACCAGCAGUGCCACGGUGUUUGUGAACCUCUUGGACCUCAAUGACAACGACCCCACUUUUCAGAACCUGCCUUUCGUGGCUGAGGUGCUGGAAGGCACUCCGGCCGGGGCCUCUGUCUACCAGGUGAUGGCCAUCGACCUGGACGAGGGCCUGAACGGGCUGGUGUCCUUCCGCAUGCAGGUGGGCAUGCCCCGCAUGGACUUCCUCAUCAACAGCAGCAGGGGUGUGGUGGUCGCCAGCGCGGAGCUGGACCGCGAGCGCAUCGCCGAGUACCAGCUGCGCGUCGUGGCCAGCGACGCGGGCACGCCCCCCAAGAGCUCCACCGGCACGCUCACCAUCCGAGUGCUGGACGUGAACGACGAGACGCCCACCUUCUUCCCUGCCGUGUACAAUGUCUCUGUGUCCGAGGACGUGCCGCGGGACUUCCGGGUGGUCUGGCUGAACUGCACGGACAAUGACAUGGGCCUCAAUGCCGAGCUCAGCUACUUUAUCACAGGUGGAAACGUGGAUGGGAAGUUCAGUGUUGGCUACCGUGACGCUGUUGUGAGAACAGUAGUAAGCCUGGACCGGGAGACCACAGCCGCAUACACACUCGUCCUGGAGGCCAUCGACAACGGCCCCGUAGGGAAGCGGCGCACGGGGACAGCCACCGUGUUCGUCACCGUCCUGGACGUGAACGACAACCGGCCCAUCUUUCUGCAGAGCAGCUACGAGGCCAGCGUCCCCGAGGACAUCCCUGAGGGACACAGCAUCGUGCAGCUGAAAGCCACAGACGCAGAUGAAGGCGAGUUUGGGCGUGUGUGGUACCGCAUCCUUCAUGGUAACCAUGGCAACAACUUCCGGAUCCAUGUCAGCAACGGGCUCCUGAUGCGAGGGCCCCGGCCCCUGGACAGAGAGCAGAACUCAUCCCACGUGCUGAUAGUGGAGGCUUACAACCAUGACCUGGGUCCCAUGCGGAGUUCCGUCAGGGUGAUCGUGUACGUGGAGGACGUCAAUGACGAGGCCCCCAUGUUCACACAGCAGCAAUACAGCCGCCAGGGGCUUCGAGAGACCGCGGGCGUCGGCACAUCAGUCAUCGUAGUGCGAGCCACCGAUCGAGACACCGGGGACGGCGGCCUGGUGAAUUACCGCAUCCUAUCUGGCGCCGAGGGGAAGUUCGAGAUUGACGAGAGCACGGGGCUCAUCAUCACCGUGGAUUACCUGGACUAUGAGACCAAAACCAGCUACCUGAUGAACGUUUCUGCCACCGACCAGGCCCCCCCCUUCAACCAGGGCUUCUGCAGCGUCUACAUCACACUGCUCAAUGAGCUGGACGAGGCUGUGCAGUUCUCCAACGCCUCCUAUGAGGCGGCCAUCUUGGAGAACCUGGCACUGGGCACUGAGAUCAUGCGGGUCCAGGCCUACUCCAUUGACAACCUCAAUCAGAUCACCUACCGCUUCGAUGCCUAUACCAGCGCCCAGGCCAAAGCCCUCUUCAAGAUAGAUGCCAUCACGGGUGUGAUCACGGUCAAGGGCCUGGUGGACCGGGAAAAAGGUGACUUCUACACCUUGACGGUGGUGGCAGAUGAUGGUGGCCCCAAGGUGGACUCCACCGUGAAGGUCUAUAUCACGGUGCUGGACGAGAACGACAAUAGUCCCCGGUUUGACCUCACCUCCGACUCGGCCGUCAGCGUGCCUGAGGACUGCCCUGUGGGCCAGCAGGUGGCCACCGUCAAGGCCCGGGACCCCGACGCUGGCAGCAAUGGGCAGGUGGUCUUCUUUCUGGCCUCUGGCAACAUCGCUGGGGACUUUGAUAUCAUCACCACCAACGACUCCAUUGGCGAAGUGUUUGUGGCCAGGCCUCUGGACAGAGAAGAGCUGGACCACUACAUCCUCAAGGUUGUAGCAUCCGACCGUGGCACCCCUCCACGGAAGAAGGACCACAUCCUGCAGGUGACCCUCCUGGAUGUCAAUGACAACCCUCCAGUGAUCGAGAGCCCUUUUGGGUACAAUGUCAGCGUGAACGAGAACGUGGGUGGGGGUACUGCUGUGGUCCAGGUGAGAGCCGCCGACCGUGACAUCGGGGUCAACAGCCUCCUCUCCUACUAUAUCACUGAGGGCAAUGAGGACAUGACCUUCCGCAUGGACCGGGUCAGCGGCGAGAUUGCCACACGGCCUGCCCCGCCCGACCGUGAGCGCCGGAGCUUCUACCAUCUGGUGGUGACCGUAGAGGACGAAGGCACCCCCACCCUGUCCGCCACCACUCACGUGUACGUGACCGUCAUGGACGAGAAUGAUAAUGCGCCAGUGUUCGAGCAGCCCCACUACGAGAUCUUACUGGAUGAGGGCCCAGACACAAUCAACACUAGCCUCAUCACCAUCCAGGCGCUAGACCUGGACGAAGGGCCCAAUGGCACAGUUAACUAUGCCAUUGUCGCAGGCAACAUCAUCAACACCUUCCGUAUCGACAGACACACGGGCGUCAUCAGUGCCGCCAAGGAGCUGGACUAUGAGAUUAGCCAUGGCCGCUACACUCUGAUCGUCACUGCCACGGACCAGUGCCCGAUCUUGUCUCGGCGCCUCACCUCUACCACCCCGGUACUUGUGAAUGUGAAUGACAUCAAUGACAAUGUGCCCACCUUUCCCCGAGACUACGAGGGGCCAUUUGAUGUCACCGAGGGCCAGCCAGGGCCCCGAGUGUGGACCUUCCUGGCCCACGACCAGGACUCGGGCCCCAACGGGCAGGUGGAAUACAGCAUCGUGGAUGGAGACCCUCUGGGGGAGUUUGUGAUCUCUCCUGUGGAGGGGGUGCUGCGGGUCCGGAAGGAUGUGGAGCUGGACCGGGAGACCAUUGCCUUUUACAACCUGACCAUCUGUGCCCGCGACAGGGGGGUGCCUCCUCUCAGCUCCACGAUGCUGGUGGGGAUUCGGGUGCUGGACAUCAAUGACAAUGACCCUGUGCUGCUGAACCUGCCCAUGAACAUCACCAUCAGUGAGAACAGCCCAGUCUCCAGCUUCGUCGCCCGUAUCCUGGCCAGUGACGCUGACAGUGGCUGCAACGCGCUCCUCACCUUCAACAUCACCGCAGGCAACCGAGAGCAGGCCUUCUCCAUCAACACCACGACAGGGGUCAUCACCGUGAACCGGCCACUGGACCGCGAGCGGGUCCCAGAGUACAAGCUGACUAUUUCCGUGAAGGACAACCCGGAGAACCCACGCAUAGCCAGGAGGGAUUUUGACUUGCUGCUGAUCUUUCUGGCAGACGAGAAUGACAACCAUCCCCUCUUUACUGAGAGCACCUACCAGGCAGAGGUGAUGGAGAAUGCUCCCGCUGGGACCCCCCUCACGGUGCUCAACGGGCCCGUCCUGGCCCUGGACGCAGACCUGGACGUCUAUGCCGUGGUGACCUACAAGCUGCUGGGCUCCCAGAGUGGUCUCUUCGACAUCGACCACCGCUCCGGCGUGGUGACAGUGAGGUCAGGUGUCAUCAUUGACCGGGAGGCCUUCUCACCCCCGGUCCUGGAGCUGCUACUGCUGGCUGAGGAUACUGGACUGCUCAAUGGCACAGCCGACCUGCUGGUCACCAUCCUGGAUGACAACGACAACUGGCCCACCUUCAGCCCUCCUACCCUCACAGUCCACCUGCUAGAAAACUGCCCACCAGGAUUCUCAGUCCUUCAGGUCACAGCCACGGACAAGGACAGUGGCCUCAAUGGGGAGCUGAUCUACCGAAUAGAAGCUGGGGCUCAGGACCGCUUCCUCAUCCACCCAGUCACUGGGGUCAUCCGUGUCGCCAAUGCCACCAUCGACAGGGAGGAGCAGGAAUCCUACAGGCUGACAGUGGUGGCCACCGACAGGGGCACCGUCCCUCUCUCGGGCACGGCCAUCAUCACCAUCCUUAUCGACGACAUCAAUGACUCCCGCCCGGAGUUCCUCAACCCCAUCCACACGGUGAGCGUGCUGGAGUCGGCUGAGCCGGGCAUGGUCAUUGCCAACGUCACCGCCAUUGACCGCGACCUCAACCCAAAGCUGGAGUACCACAUCAUCGCCAUCGUGGCCAAGGACGACACUGACCGCCUGGUGCCCGACCAGGAGGAUGCCUUUGCUGUGAAUAUCAACACAGGGUCCGUAAUGGUGAAGUCCCCACUGAACAGGGAGCUGGUUGCCACCUAUGAAGUCACUCUCUCGGUGAUUGACAAUGCCAGUGACCUACCAGAACGCUCUGUCAGUGUGCCAAAUGCCAAGCUGACAGUCAACAUCCUGGACGUCAAUGACAAUACGCCCCAGUUCAAGCCCUUCGGGAUCACCUACUACACAGAGCGGAUCCUGGAGGGGGCCACCCCCGGCACCACGCUCAUUGCUGUGGCCGCCAUGGACCCGGACAAGGGCCUCAAUGGGCUGAUCACCUACACUCUGCUGGACCUGAUGCCCCCAGGCUAUGUCCAGCUGGAAGACUCCUCAGCAGGGAAAGUCAUUGCCAACCAGACGGUGGACUUUGAGGAAGUGCACUGGCUCAACUUCACCGUGAGGGCCUCAGACAAUGGGUCUCCGCCCCGAGCAGCUGAGAUCCCCGUCUACCUGGAGAUCGUGGACAUCAAUGACAACAACCCCAUCUUUGACCAGUCUUCCUACCAGGAAGCUGUCUUUGAGGAUGUGCCUGUGGGCACGGUCAUCCUGACUGUCACCGCCACAGACGCUGAUUCGGGCAACUUUGCCCUCAUUGAGUACAGCCUCGGGGAUGGAGAGGGCAAGUUUGCCAUCAACCCCACCACGGGUGACAUCUAUGUGCUAUCCUCUCUGGACCGGGAGAAGAAGGACCACUAUAUUCUGACGGCCUUGGCCAAAGACAACCCUGGAGAUAUAGCCAGCAACCGUCGAGAAAAUUCGGUGCAGGUGGUGAUCCGGGUGCUGGACAUCAAUGACUGCCGGCCACAGUUCUCCAAGCCCCAGUUCAGCACAAGCGUGUAUGAGAACGAGCCGGCAGGCACCUCAGUCAUCACCAUGAUGGCCGCCGACCAGGACGAGGGCCCCAAUGGGGAGUUGGCCUACUCACUGGAGGGCCCUGGCGUGGAGGCCUUCCACGUGGACAUGGACUCAGGUCUGGUGACCACAAAGCGGCCGCUGCAGUCCUACGAGAGGUUCAACCUGACCGUGGUGGCCACGGAUGGCGGACAGCCCCCACUCUGGGGCACCACCAUGCUCCUGGUGGAGGUCAUCGACGUCAACGAUAACCGCCCUGUCUUUGUGCGCCCGCCCAACGGCACUGUCCUCCACAUCAGAGAGGAGAUCCCGCUGCGCUCCAAUGUAUAUGAGGUCUAUGCCACAGACAAGGACGAGGGCCUCAACGGGGCCGUGCGCUACAGCUUCCUGAAGACGGCGGGCAACCGGGACUGGGAGUACUUCACCAUCGACCCCAUCAGCGGCCUCAUCCAGACAGCUCAGCGCCUGGACCGCGAGAAACAGGCCCUGUACAGCCUCAUCCUGGUGGCGAGCGACCUGGGCCAGCCAGUGCCAUAUGAAACCAUGCAGCCGCUGCAAGUGGCCCUGGAGGACAUCGAUGACAACGAACCUCUCUUUGUGAGGCCUCCAAAAGGCAGCCCCCAGUACCAGUUGCUGACAGUGCCCGAGCACUCUCCACGUGGCACCCUCGUGGGCAACGUGACAGGCGCCGUGGACGCAGACGAGGGCCCCAACGCCAUCGUGUACUACUUCAUUGCAGCCGGCAACGGAGAGAAGAACUUCCAUCUGCAGCCUGACGGGCGCCUGCUGGUGCUGCGGGACCUGGACCGGGAGCGGGAAGCUGUCUUCUCCUUCAUCGUCAAGGCCUCGAGCAACCGCAGCUGGACACCUCCGCGGGGGCCCUCCCCGGCCCUCGACCUGGUCACCGACCUCACCCUGCAGGAGGUGCGCGUCAUGCUAGAAGACAUCAACGACCAGCCCCCGCGCUUCACCAAGGCCGAGUACACCGCAGGUGCCGGGGGCAGGGUCUGGGCCCCGGGGAUGGGACCUGGGUCCCAGCCCUGCCACUUACGUCCGCCUGCCCAUUCCACAGGAGUGGCCACCGAUGCCAAGGUGGGCUCAGAGUUGAUCCAGGUGCUGGCCCUGGAUGCAGACAUUGGCAACAACAGCCUGGUCUUCUACAGCAUCCUGGCCAUCCACUACUUCCGGGCCCUUGCCAAUGACUCUGAGGACGUGGGCCAGGUCUUCACAAUGGGGAGUGUGGAUGGUAUCCUGCGCACCUUCGACCUCUUCAUGGCCUACAGCCCCGGCUACUUUGUGGUGGACAUCGUGGCCCGGGACCUGGCAGGCCACAACGACACGGCCAUCAUCGGCAUCUACAUCCUGAGGGAUGACCAGCGUGUCAAGAUCGUCAUUAAUGAGAUCCCCGACCGCGUGCGUGGCUUUGAGGAGGAGUUCAUCCGCCUGCUCUCCAACAUCACUGGUGCCAUCGUCAACACUGAUGAUGUGCAGUUCCAUGUGGACAAGAAGGGUCGGGUGAACUUCGCACAGACCGAGCUGCUCAUCCAUGUUGUGAACCGCGAUACCAACCGCAUCCUGGACGUGGACCGAGUGAUCCAGAUGAUUGACGAGAACAAGGAGCAGCUACGGAAUCUCUUCCGGAACUACAACGUUCUGGAUGUGCAGCCUGCCAUCUCUGUCCGGCUGCCCGACGACAUGUCCGCCCUGCAGAUGGCGAUCAUUGUCCUGGCCAUUCUCCUCUUCUUGGCGGCCAUGCUCUUCAUCCUCAUGAACUGGUACUACAGGACCGUACACAAGAGGAAGCUCAAAGCCAUUGUGGCUGGCUCAGCAGGGAACCGUGGUUUCAUCGACAUCAUGGACAUGCCCAACACCAACAAGUAUUCUUUUGAUGGAGCCAACCCCGUGUGGCUGGAUCCUUUCUGCCGGAACCUGGAGCUGGCUGCCCAGGCUGAGCAUGAGGACGACCUGCCAGAGAACCUGAGUGAGAUUGCAGACCUAUGGAAUAGCCCCACCCGCACCCAUGGAACUUUUGGGCGUGAACCGGCAGCAGUCAAGCCGGACGAUGACCGGUACCUGCGGGCAGCCAUCCAGGAGUAUGACAACAUUGCCAAGCUGGGCCAGAUCAUUCGGGAGGGACCCAUCAAGCUGAUCCAGACGGAGCUGGAGGAGGAGCCAGGGGAGUGCAGCCCUGCCCGGGGCAGCCUGCGCUUCCGCCACAAGCCGCCCACGGAGCUCAAGGGGCCCGACGGCAGCCACACGGUGCACGGCAGCACCGGCACGCUGCUGGCCACUGACCUUAACAGCCUGCCCGAGGAUGACCAGAAGGGCCUGGGUCACUCGCUGGAGACCCUGACCACCGCGGAAGCCAGUGCCUUCGAGCGCAACGCCCGCACGGAGUCAGCCAAAUCCACACCCCUGCACAAGCUUCGUGAUGUGAUCCUGGAGAGCCCCCUGGAGAUCACAGAGCUAUGACCAGACAGAGGGGGGGGCCUUGCUGGUGUCCCCCAUCCCUCCCAGGGCAAGGGCAGAGCAGGACCACAGUGUGGGCCCCUCCCCAGGCCAGCCAGGGCUGUACCACCUCGGGCUGGCCUGGUGGAGCCUGCUCCAGUUGCUCAGACUCUGCUUCUGCCAGACGCCCAUUCAGCACCUGACCUCUACCUUCAUAAAAUUUGUUAUUUUUUUAAGAAAACCAAACAAAAAUGAUAAGCAUCUAAGGACAAGGUAAGGAGGGUCACUGGGGGUCCAGGAGUCUGAGGACGAACUCAGCCCAGGCUGAGCUCUAAAAAGGCCACGGAAGCCCUCCCCACCCCCUGCCACAUCCCUGUCCAUCUCCCCCUCCCCACCGCCCCGCCACGCCCAGCACCAGGGGAGGGAGGCCCAGAGCUGGCUCACCCCACCUGGCCUUGAUUCCCUGACUUCAGCUCAAGUCCCAGUGCAUUUCUAGCACAUCCCUGGCUGGACACCCAGCUGGGCGCCGUGAGUGAUCCCUGCCUCCCCACAUGGACGUGGUCAAUUGUCAGCGAACGGCAUUCUUUACAUUCCACUGGCUUCCUUCCCAAAUGUGGCGGCUCGUAAAGAGAGAGGACUGGUGUUCCCUUGGAUUCUGAAUGUAGAGUGUUUGCGUGUAUUCCUUUUUUAAAUUAUUCCCUCAACAUUUUCCCCUUUUGUUUAACUGGUACUCACUGAACGUUUCUGGAAUAGUCUGCAUUUUAAAUAAGAAAAACAACUCACAAGGAGGCAA